AUGAUAGAGCUUACGGUCCCUUGGGAAACCAACAUCCCCAAAGACCAUACCAUCAAGGUCAACAAAUAUUACGAGCUCACAAACGAACUCACUCGAAAUAGGUUCGUAGUAGAUUUGUACGCGGUAGAGGUGGGAGCGAGAGGUAUAACAGCGAAAUCUCUCUAUAACCUACUAAAGGACUUGGGCUUGUCCAGAACUCACAUUAAUGCAUUCUUGGAACGUACAUCGAAGGCAGCCCUAGUAGGUUCUUUUCAAAUUUGGUUAGGUAGGGAGAGGAGCUUGGACAGUGGAGGUGAGCGUAUAACGCGCAAAAUAAUACUAGCUUAUAUAGAUCAGCUAUCAGAUACUUUAGAAGUUUUCGAAUGCAGUGAGUGGGAGAUUUCAAGAUCGCGCGCCAUGUUCCGUCCAACGGCGUUAGCCCCUCUCCGGCCUCCGCUCGAGGUUCGUCAGUCCGCCGCGUACCGUCGCGUGUAUUACAUGGGGGGAUAUGUCGCUUCUCUUAGUUCUCAAACACCGCAUAUUUAG